UUAUAUAUAUCGCAGCUCUCACUUUCCAAACCCUAAUAUCGUCUCUGACUCUCUGUGCCACUAAAGCUCCUAAUUGGAUCUCUGCUCAGCAAUGGGUUCCAGCGAGUUGGGUUGCACCUACGCCACUUUGAUUCUCCACGAUGAUGGAAUCCCAAUCACCGCGGAAAAGAUUAGCGCUUUGUUGAAAGCGGCUAACGUCACCGUUGAAUCCUACUGGCCCAGCCUAUUCGCUAAGCUUGCUCAGAAGAGGAACGUCGAGGACCUUGUUUUGAAUGCUGGUUCGGGUGGUGGUGCAGCCGUUGCUGUUGCUGCUCCUUCUGCCGCCGGUGGCGGCGGUGGUGGUGCCGCCGCCGCUGCAGCACCUGCCGCUGAGGAAAAGAAGGAAGAGCCUAAGGAAGAAAGUGACGAUGACAUGGGUUUCAGCUUAUUUGAUUAGGUCUUUCUUUUAGUUUUUGUAGUCAAACUAGUACUCCUUUUAAUGAGGGGUGGGUGAAUGAAACUUGUUUUGUUCUAUAAAAUUUUUAUCGACUAUCAUAAUUAAUUGUUGAAUUUUGGUGGGUUUUUUUAAUAUAUUUGUGGCAUCUGAAUUUCUGAUUGA